AUUGCUUUUACGACAUACUUUUAAACUUUUGCAAAAUUCCACCGAUACCUUGUUUAAAUUUGUCGAUUCCUCUCCACUUUCAACGAAUUACCCAUGUUCGAAAAUACCUGAUACCGGUCGAAAUGGAAUCUAAAAGUGCUUCGGUUCAAAAUCUGGAAAAUCUUGUCAAACAAACAAUCAACGCAGUACCGGAUGUUGACGGUUAAUAUGAUCAUAUCUUACUUUCUCUUACUCCAAAUUCCAAACCUUAACUUGCUCAAUCGCAGAAGGAACGAUCAGAUUCCAACGAAUGAUUUACGAACAAUGGGAUAUCAAGAGAUCAAUGCAUACGAAAAGCGAACAAACCCAUGCGAAACCGCAAGUAACUAACGAACAGGUUUCUAAAGAUAUAAGAAAGCCAAUUGAGCCUUUUCGUAAACGGUAUAGUUUUACUUUGAACCUUUCUUACAAUAUACCAGCAAUUUUAAUUUCUCACAGAUUACGGCAGCCUAUGCAUAAACGUCGAAUUAGCGGAUUGUCGUUAAAGAGUCAUCAUAGGAGAGCCAGCGUAGUAAACGCACGGAAGAAUUCUAACGUUCUACGAAGUGUAAAAAACCUUUCACAAAAUAAUGUAGAAGAUUUGAUUCUGAAUAAUGAAUCGAAAGAGAUUCAACUAUUUCCGACUGACCCUACCAAGAUCGCUCCCAGUGUCAGCGAUCAGAACAAAGUCGUGGAGAUUUGGAACAGUCGGAAGCAACGAAGCAACAGAUUAAGAAAUAAGCGCCUAGAUGUUACUCGCAACAAUGGAUCGAUCGAACCUCAACGAAAAGCACUGAAAAAGUUGAUAACCUUUGAAGCUUGGAAAAGAAGUAAAAGUAUCGAGCAUCGGAAGCUGAUGAGACAACUGGAAGAAGAAAGGGAACGGAAAGCUACCGAGGUUGCGGAAGAAGCAAAGAAAAAGAAAGCUAUUCGGCAGGUACGAAUGCGUUAUAGAAAACGGCAACGGAAAUUGACUCAAAUACCAAAGUGUAAUCGUACUAAAAACAAAUGUGACAUCAAACGAGAUGUUACCUCGUCAAAAGAGCGUAAAUGUAUAAAAUUCGAUAAAGGAAAAACAGCAACGUUGUCGACGAUACGAAAGUCCAAUAAUGUGAAUAAAAGUAAAAAACAACUUGCUUUGAUGCAGAACUCACUGGAAAACGUUAUAUUCUGCUCAUGGUUAGAUCAACUUAACUGGAUAUUGCAUAAGAAAUAUUUACGUGAACGGCGACAUCUUGUACAGUCGUUCUAUUGUCAACCUGUUUAUUACGGCGAUGCUACUUUAUACGUAAGAUAAGUACAUUCGUGAACACUUACGCAUUAAUUUGUUUUUACAUUGUUCAGCUGUAAAGUACAUAAGCUUAUA